CUCCACCUGAAACAUCAACUCAACUCUGCCGUGCAAACGAGGAUGGCGAGCCCGAACGUGAUAGUGGCCGACGACGAGGAAGUUCGAAUCAACUACUGCUGUGGGACCAGCAUCGUCACUGUCACGACGGCGAUGAUGAUCAUGAUCGCAGGCUGGGUUCUCGUCAUUCUCGGGUUGGGGUUGAUCGGGUUUGAGACCGCUGCCAUCGUCUCCGCCAAACGAACUUGCAACAGUCUCUGCCGUAGUUCUGACCCAGAAACGUGUUUGUGCUCCAUGCAUUCCGGCCGCAGUGUUGGACUCUUCAUAUCUGCCACACUAUGCAUCAUCGGCGGGGGAGUGGCCAUUCAGCGAAGCCGUGCGGCCAUCAAAGCGCUGAGAAUAAGCAGGAUGAAUUCACCGAACCAGCCAGUAUAUCCCGGCGUCAUCCGACUCCAGCAACCUCCAAAUGGUAGCGUUUAGCCGUGGUGUCAUCCGGAGGACCCAGAUCGACCAAAGGAUCAAGGACUGAACAAGCGUUAUUAGAACCGAGUGACUCCUGUGAUGCUGGCCACGCAAAUCGUGAUGUUGCGCUGCAGGGAGUGUCCCAGAAUAUGCAGAAACGCCUAAGAGUGUGUCCAGAUAACAAGGACAGACAGUUCCAGCACCACCUUUAGCCUCACUGAACUUCCGAUCUUCCAGUGCCAAAUUCAGGCAUGGUUUUCCGAAAAUUGGAAAUGCAUCUGAAAAGGAUUGAGUGUUUAUUUAUUACUGCAAUUUCAAUCGAGUGUCAUUGAUUUUUUGUGCUUUAAUAAUGUGUUACUAGAGCUUCCAAACUAAGACUAACUACGUCACAGUAU